AUGCCAAGAGUUGGAAUUAAUGGCUUUGGUCGAAUUGGACGCAACGCAUUAAGAGCCGCACUAAAAAAUAAAGAUAUAACUCUCGAUUUUGUGGCAAUUAAUGAUUUAACAGACUCAGAAACACUUGCGCACCUGCUCAAAUACGAUUCGGUGCUUGGGGAACUUGAUGCUGAUGUCCAACCAACAAAUAACGGACUUAUUGUCAAUGGUAAAAAGAUAGUCGUCUUUUCUGAACGAGAUCCAACUGCGCUCCCUUGGAACACUUUAGGAAUUGAUGUUGUUAUUGAAUCGACAGGCUUUUUUACAGAUGGGAAGGAUGCAUCCAAGCAUCUGGACGCGGGGGCGAAAAAGGUGAUUAUCUCCGCACCCGCCGAGAAUGAAGAUAUCACUAUCGUGCUGGGGGUCAACGAGGAUAAAUACGAUAAAGAGAAACAUCAUAUUAUCUCUAACGCUUCCUGUACAACAAACUGUCUUGCGCCGCUUGCAAAGGUGCUGUUAGAAAACUUCGGUAUCCGUAGCGGUCUGAUGACAACUAUCCAUUCGUAUACAAAUGAUCAGCAAGUUCUGGAUCUGCCGCAUAAGGAUAUACGCCGGGGCCGUGCGGCUGCACUUUCAAUGAUUCCGACGUCCACAGGCGCGGCAAGCGCGAUUUCGUUGGUCAUUCCUGAGCUUAAGGGCAAAUUUGAUGGGAUGGCGAUUCGGGUUCCAACGCCGAACGUUUCUGUAGUGGAUCUCACCGUUGAUUUAGAAAAGAAAGCAAGUGUAGAAGAGGUUAAUGCGGUUGUGAAAAAAGCUGCAGAGGGAGAGCAACGAGGAAUUCUAAGUUAUUCAGAACUGCCGCUCGUAUCGGUUGACUUCAAGGGGAACCCGCAUUCGUCAAUCUUCGAUGCGGAGUUUACAAGGGUGAUCGAUGGCAAAUUGGUAAAAGUUCUCUCUUGGAGAAGAUGCGAACACCAAUCAUUUGUCGGUAAUUGGAAACUCAACAAGACCGUCCGUGAAGCGGCGGCACUUGUCACCUCACUUCAGACAUUGGUCGCUGAUGUCACUGAUGUCGAAAUCGUUGUUGCCCCUGUUUUCACUGGGCUUUCCGCAGUAGCACAGGCACUAGCAGGUGGAGAUAUUCGACUCGCAGCACAGGAUGUCUUUUGGGAAGACAGCGGCGCAUUCACGGGGGAAGUGUCGCCGGGGAUGCUCAAGGAUGUUGGUUGCGACUACGUGAUCAUUGGUCACUCCGAACGCCGACAAUAUUUCAGUGAGACAAAUGAAAACGCGAAAGCCUUGAGGAGCGAGAGGACUGGCAAAACCGGAGCAGUGGUCAAGGACCACGUUCUCAACGGAAUCGUUGGGUUAUCCGCAGAUCAGAUUACCUCUACAGUCAUCGCUUAUGAACCUGUCUGGGCAAUCGGGACAGGACACAAUGCAACUCCAGACCAAGCCCAGGAAGUUCACGCCCUUAUCAGAUCGCUCUUAUCAGAAAUCUACUCGCCUGAUGUGGCAUCGCAGGUCCGGAUUCAGUAUGGUGGAAGUGUCAAGCCGGACAACGCUGCUGCGUUGAUCGCGCAGCCCGAUGUGGAUGGUGCAUUGGUCGGCACGGCGAGCUGGGAAGCGGAAUCGUUUGCCCAAAUCGUCAAAGUUGUGUGCUGA